AUGCGUUUCAUAGUUCAACGUCACCAUUUUCUAGUAACAACCACAGAUGAAGGUUCUGAAACCAUUCUUGGACAGAGGCGUGUUCUGUCGCCAACUCAAAUAUUCAAUAUUGAGUUUCCUUACCUACUUGUCCCUCAGUUAACAAUAUCCAUUUCAAAAACCUUCUCCAAUUUUGAGCAAAUAGAAAGCCUUGACCUAUCCUAUAACAGAUUGAUUGGGGGAAUUCCUUCAGAAUUGAUCACACUAUACAAUUUGGAGGUCUUCACUGUGGCACAUAACAAUUUAUCUGGUAAGACACCAAAGAUGAAGGGACAAUUCUCAACAUUCAACAGUUCCAGUGGAGAAACAACCAAUAUAUUUGCAACAAUUUCAAAUGAUGUGGGGAACGAGCAUGAGAUUGACAUAACGGCUUUCGCUAGUAGUUUUGCUGCUUCAUAUGUGUGCUUGUUGGGACUUGCCACUAUUCUCAACAUCGAUCUUUAUUGGUGA